GGACUAGCGGCAAAUGCUUUGCUCCGAGUAACGAAUAUAACCAAGAAAUAAUACGUUUGUUGUAAAAAAAUAAUCACUUCUCCAGUGUCGGUGACUGAAUUUUAUUCGUUAAGCUUCCUCUUCUGUACUUGCCAACUUUACAGAAUCAUCUUUAAAUCAUGGCAGAUGAUGGUGAAAAUGUAUCGGUAAUGACUGUGAAGGAGCCAUUAGAUCUUAUAAGGCUAAGCUUAGAUGAAAGAAUAUAUGUAAAAAUGCGUAAUGAACGAGAACUUCGUGGCAAACUGCAUGCUUAUGAUCAACAUCUAAACAUGGUCCUAGGAGAUGCAGAAGAGACAAUCACAACAGUGGAGAUUGAUGAAGAAACAUAUGAGGAAGUCUACAGAACAACAAAGCGGACUAUUCCCAUGUUAUUCGUGAGAGGGGAUGGUGUCAUAUUAGUCUCACCACCAAUCCGAGUUGGAGUAUAAGUAAGAACAAAUAAAACAUUAAUUAAG